AUGUUCGGCAGCAUGAGGAAGAAGCACCGGCAGCCAGCACAGCCUCUGACUGCCGCCACCGCAAACCCAAACGCGGCCACCGCCGCCGCUGCCGUCUUUGGGCGCCACAACUCCGAUGCCUCGCUCUCCUCUGCCGCCGCCGCCGCCGCGUUGCGAUCAAGGCCGACGACGCCGAUCAAUGUCGGCGAGGUCCAGACCAAGCGCACCCAACGCCGGAGCGCAUCCGUCUCCUCACAGAACAGCCAACACGACGCGCGACGAGCCCUUCACAGAACCGCCAGCCAGAGCUCCAUGACGGAACGCACAUUCCGCACGCCCUCGCCCUCACCACAUCGACCCGUCUCGUCUGGCGCAUACGACUCGCCGCCGCCCGUGCCCGCCAUCCCCGAAGACAUGCGAUCCGACAACGGUAGGAACACUCACAAGAGAGCAACCAGCUUACAGACUCAGCCCUUCCGAGUCGCAAGCCAGAAAAAGCAAGGAGGAGCGGGGUCUUGGUUCGGCGCCGCCACCGAGGGCCCAGCGGUCAAUGUCAGAAAGUCGGAUGCGUUGCUGUCGCGAACUCAGCCCUCUGAAUCUCGACCAGGAGCCGUAAGCCCAACUUCUUCUAUCAAUUUCUCUCGUCCAAGAGCCUUGCAGGCCGGCUCACCGCCCGCCUCGCCAAUCUUCGAAAGAAUGCCCUCAGUGACACACAGCCAGCGAUAUGUUGCUCCCCAUCGAGCCCAGUCCGUCACCUCGACCCACUCGUCCGUCGCCUCCGACCAGUCGUUGGUCUACGAUCCCAACUCGAGACGGAUGGUGCCCAAGGCCGAUUUGCUGGCGAGGGAGUACGACAUCGAGCCGAGCGAGAAGCCAGUCAAGAGAAAAAAGAAGCAGCAGCAGCAGCAGUUGCCGCUGGGAAGGAGCGGGUCUCACCUUGCGCAGGGAACAGUGGCGAGAGCCAGAGGUACUGCAGUUGAAGGUGAAGAAUCGCACGUUCAGACACGUUCACAGCCACAGGCACAGGCACAGAUCCAACCAGAAGUUGAAACCAAGGCCCAACCCCAACUCGUCGUCCGAACCCAGCCUCAGUCGCAACGAUUUGUCCGGCCCGAGAGUCCAGAACCCAAGACCCGUCAGCGCCACCCGCAAACAGAGCAACCGGCCCCGAUCAUGACAGCCGCAGUCGCGGCCGCCGUGGCAUCAGGGACAGGCCCUCGAACGCCGGAGCCUCCUCGCGUGCAGGCUUCGACCACAGCCGAUCGCACUGGUCACGUCAGCAACGGCACCGCUGCUCCAGUCCAGGCUCAUCAGACGGACAGUGCGCCACCCAGCGGCAGGGCCGAGCUUGAAGACGAGGAGUCUUCCGAAGAAGAUGAAGAGGACGAGGAGGAGGAUCUUGUUGAUGGAGCUACCGCUCACCCUGAAUCAGAACCCUACGGCGCUGAGGCUGUGCCCGCAAACACGGCUCGCCACUCGUCUCCUCCAUCCUUCUCGACCAGCAGCACGGCCGUUGAUAAUUUUGCCGACAACGUUGUGUCGUCAGCACCGCCCAAACAGCACGGUAGCGUGCGAAGCCUCCGAGAGCAUUCAAACAGCCCGGUGCGGAAUGCGCGCUUUGCGCUGCGAACUGACCAACUUGUAGUCAAACACGAGCCUCCUGCGAGGUCCGUGUCGCCCCGAAAGUCGGCUCUGAAGAACUCGUCGAGUCCAUCGCGAGGUGCCUCGCCGUCAGAAGAUGGUUCGGAUCUGGGCCUGGAGCACUACGCAAGCCACCAGGACGAUCUGCCUUCCAAUCGGAAGAAGAGCGUACGCGUCAGCUUUGACGAGCACAGCACGCAAGUGAUUGGCGAGUCUGCCCAGGAGCAACAUGCAGAUUCACCUAUCGUGCCGAGCCCUCAAACAGCACGACGACCAUGGUACAGCAACAUUGGCCGCAACAAGAAAAAGGACUCGGUAGCUCUGGACGUUGACGAAGUCAUGCAACCUCGCCCCGCCCUGCCAUCUUUCGGGAGCGUUCGGGACAAGAAGCCGAAAGAGACUGAAGAGGAGCGUCCGCUCGUGCGGCCUGUCGAGUCUGAGCAUUCGCCCGCCAUCUCAGCCUCGCCAGCGGCUCUUCCUUCAUCGCCCGACGAUGGGGAAAUUGAUGAUCCCAUUGGCCACUCCACCGACGGCAAUCUGGCCUCCAUUCUGACCCGAGAGAAUGCGGCGAAGAACGAGGCAAACAUCUCCAAGUUCAGAGAACCGCUGCCUCCUGUUGUCACCUCUCUGGAAGGAACCGGAUAUCACUCCCCAAGCUCCUCCAGCAGCGACGACGAGGAUGGCGAGGGGUCGCCUCCUACGCAGGAGACGUUCCUAGACUCCAUUGCAGAGGCUCCGUCGGAACCAGCUUUGAACCCCCUGGACGAGACGAAGGAGGAGGAAACUCUUGUCGAGAAUACCGAACGCAUAAACGUGGGUGGUACUGGCGCAACGCACCUACAGGUAGAUACGGGUCGCGAAUUAUCACAGGACGCUGUUCCUAUCAUCGCCAUCAUCGAACCUAGCCCAGGUCUCCAGGAACCCAGCGUGGGUGGCGCAGGCGCAGGGUACUUUGACGUUCCUGGUGGGUUCCCAGAGGACGACAAUGAUAGCAAUAACGUAUCAAGGCCUGCCGCCGUGCCCACUGGGCGCGAGGCAGAAGCGAAGACUGCUGUUGCUCCUAUCCAGAUCCCAACAAGUUCCACGGACUCAAGCGUCGACGAACUCGAGGCCUCUCCAUCGAACACGCCUACCGCCCGGGCUCCCGGUGUUUCCACCAUCAACGAAGAAACCGAAUCAUCUGGCAGCAGUAUCUACAGCGAUGCUUACGAAGAUUUAUCAGACGCUGAAGGCGACGGCUUCUUAUCGCUAGAUGCUGUCUUGACAACUCCCGUUUCGCAAAAGGUUUCGAAAAGACUAUUUGAAAAGGCACUGAUUGGCUCAUCGAAGGAGGCAUCGAAAGAUGAUAGCAUUCAGAGAUCUGAUCUUUUCGUCGCUUCCGCUCCGGCAACUGAACCUCUCGAAACGCAAGACGAUUGGGACAAGGCUAAACUGUAUUGGAAGAGCUUGACCAACGACAAACGCAAGCAGCUCGAGCGCGAGGCUCAGGAAGAGGCUGGUGUCGAGGCCGACGAAGAACAAGUUACGCAUCCCAAGAAGACAAAGAAGAAGAGGUCUUCGCGCGCCUCUCAGGUGUCCAAGCCCUCCGAGCAAGACACGGAACAGGAGGCAGUGCAACAGCGUCACGGCGAUGCCGAGCGCAACUACCAAAUCAAGCCAGGAACCAAAUACGCAUCGCAGGAUGACGCUGGGGUUCCCCCGAUGCGCCAAUCUCUGCGAGGCACCGAGUCACAGCAGGGAUCAGGUGUUGGUGGCUCAAGGCUUAAGAAAUCGAUGAGAGCUUCACAACCCGCAGCGACCAAUGUGUCGGAGCCCACCAUGCGUCGGACCCUACGCGCAGGUCCGCCCGAGACGAAUGGUGCGCACAGCCGCAAGGCUUCUUCACAGGAGACGGCCCAAAGUAAUGGCAACAUGCGCAAGUCUAUGAGACAGAAUGGCAACCCGCAACCUGUCAUCAGCCAGCCCGAACCGGCAGCCAGGAAGACUGGACGUCCCCUCAGUCUGCAGCAAGCUCCCACGCCUCGGGAGGCAGGCCCGAAUCACAAGAGACAGUCAUCAGUCGACUCUCCGGCCGCCGCUGCUGCUCUGGCCACCACACAGCCCAGCCUUCGCCGUCGAGGUUCGGAUUCAAGCGAAAGCAGUUUUAAGCGGGCUCGACCCCAAAAACAAGCCCAGGGCUUUGGCUUCCGUCGGUCAAUGAGGGCAGCCUCGCCUGAAAGGCCGGUUGAAAAUAAGAGCUCCCGAUUCAGCCUUCGAUCCCUAUCGCCGGUCGGGCGCCAGAACACUACGUCUCCACCCCCAACCACGGCCAUGGGCAAUCGCAUGAGCAUGCGAUCCACGUUGCGCAGUGAGUCGGUCGACAGAGGCUCUUCUCGUAUGCAUAUGCCCUCCUUUGGGCGAUCAUCGGGGAAGAAGGUUGCGGAGAAGAAGAACAAGAACCGAUAUGGAGACUCGAGUGACGAGGACGCUGCAGGGCCGUCCACUUUCCGUAGCCGCUUCGCUGACUCGAGCGACGAGGACGAGCCUUCCGCGCCGCCACCUGCCGCCGGCAAAAUGCCGAAGAGUCUACGAAAUGGCGGAGGCGCCUCGAGCUCGGCUGCUGCAGCUGCUAUGAACCUGCCGACAACUCGUCAGAGACAGGAUGCGGCAGAGUUCUCAGAGGAACUUUCUGACAGCAGCGACGAGGACCUGGCACCACCGCAACGAACGCCCAGCGGCAGGCUCGUCAGGGCGAACUCGGAGGGUCGUGGUCUCCAACGCAAACGAUCUGGUCGCGGCGAACUGAUGGAGUCUGCGACAACACCAGCAGUCAACAGCACCGAGUCGGCGACUCGGCCCGGGCACACUCGGCGGGGGAGCUUCUUCUCCGUUCUCCGCCGAAGAAAAGACAAGGAUGGUGCUGGUAAAAUAUCGCGGCCGGAACCGAGAGAAAGUGCUGCUAGGCAAGGCACGAAACUCGAACGGAGCAACAGCGAGAUCUCGGCGCUCCGUGUCAACAACUCAUCGCCGCGCCUGCAAAAGAGGCAGCCGGCAAACUGGCCCCUCCCCGAUACCACCGCACGACCGGCCACCUCUGGUGGUCCCGCCACGGGAGACUCCGCUCCGCAGCCACCAUUUAUGAAGCGUCGUAGCAUCAGCCACACCUUUGGCGCGAGCAACAGCCAUCAUUUGCAGCAGCAGGAGCAGCUGAAUGGGAACGUCACCCCAGACCUGGACGAGCAGUCCCAGGCGGGCGGGUCUGUAAUGAAGAAGAAGAAGUUUGGCAAGCUGAGGAGAAUGUUCGGACUGAACGACUAG